GGAUCGUCCCGGACCUGCUCUCAGACCUACCCCACGGGAUCAGCCCCGCGGGCCGUAGCCCGGUCGCGAUCCCGCUCCCGCCUGCCCCGCGCGCCACGCCGGCGCCGGCGGUGCAUCCGGCUUAGCUCGCGAUGAGGCAGGGCGCUGUCGUUCCGGCGACGCGGAUGGGUCCGGCUGCCGCGACGUUGGCGCUGAGUACGACGAGGCCCGCGUUUGCGUCGGUACCGACCCCGGUCGUACCCGGAGGCUCGGCGGCACAGAUGCGGGCGGCGUCUGCGUCUGCGUCUGCGUCCGUAUCGAGCGCGGCGGUUCGGGCUCGUUUGGCGGUGGCGUCGUCGCCGAGUGCGGUCACGCCCGCGUCUGCACCGGGCGUGGCGGUCAAGCCGGCGUCGACGCCGGGCGCGGGGACGAAGAACACCGCCGCUUCGAUCGCGGCGUCCCCAUCGAAGGCUGCUACCACCGCGUCGGCCGGGUCGGCGGCGGCGCAGACCGGCUCGGAUCCGGAUUCGAAGGCCGCGACGUCGACGAAUGCACGGGCCGCACCGGUAGCGGCGGGGCAGAGGACCGCGACGGCCGCGAGGUCCGUUCCGACACCGCCUGCGGCGGCGACAGCUGGAGUCCCUCCGACGCCGAAGCCGUCGCUGGCAGCCCCGCCGCCAUCGCCGUCCAAGCCCACGACGAUCGUCGUCGCGCCAGCUUCGAAUAAAGUAGGGACGAAGGCCGCCGCGUCGUCCAGCGCACCUCUGUCUCCUCCCCCGACACCCGUCAUCUCCGAGGCGUCCGGGCCGAAUGUGACAGGCCGUUCCCUGACGCGGACGGUCGCGUGUCAAGAUCGAUCGACUUCGUCCGCACCUGCCGCCACGCCCGCGCACGCUCGUCCUCCUGACGAUCUCGAUUCAUCUCAGCCGCCCCCGAAACGCAGGAAAGUGUCGGAUGACGAACCUAUACAGAAUGGCGUUGCCGAGCGCGGGAAGGAGGUCGAGGAGCAGCGGGCGCCCGCGGACGGCUUGCGACGAGAACUGGAGCGCGAACGCGCGGCGCACGCGCGGACGAGCGAGCGCACGGCCGCGCUCCGGGGCAGCGUCGAUCGGUAUCGCGCCGUCGUCGUUGCGAUCGUCAGCGAGAUCGGGCGCGUGCGAAGAAUGUUGCCGGAUCCCGAGGAGGAGGAGGAGGAGGAGGAGGAGGAGGAGGAGGCGGAUUCUGGGGCGCGAGUGGAUGAGCGGGCGCAGCCGUCGCCGUCGCCGCCGCCGGCCGACGCGGGAGAGGACCCGAACGCGAACGCGGCGGGAGUGGGUCCCUUGCUGAAGCUGUUUGCACGGAUGGAGAAGCAGGUGGGUGCCGUCGUGCGCGCGGAGGCGCGGCACCGGGAGAUGAUUGCCGAGCUGCGGCGCGCGAAGGAUGAGGCGGUGGAGGAGCGGCGCGCGAAGGAGGCCGAGAUGUUAGAGGAGCGCGCGCGCCGGGUCGAAGUGGAAGAUGCGUUGAGGGUUGAGCGCGAGAAGCGGGCUGUGGUGGAGGCUCGGCUCGGCGAUGCUGUGGAUGAAUGUAAGGCGCCGUUCCUGGUGCCGGCGAUGUUGGAGGCUUUCUUUCAGCUGUCAAAGAUGACGUCGGAGGCGAUGGAUGUUGAUGAAGUUGGCACUGGUGCUCUUAAGUAGGUUGAGCGAUCGAUGAAUGCGCG